GGCGAGAGGUUUAAAUUGUGGCCGACUUGGCUGCGGUGUGGAUUAACGAGCGAGAGCUGGUUUAGUCCCUCGCGGAAUCUCGUUGCGGAUGGUUUAACGUUUGAAAUAGUUCGGUCGGAGGAUGAUCCGGUAGCCUACCUAGAUUGUUUUGCUGAGCUUCGGAAAACAACAGAAAACAUGGAUCUCGAAAUCGAUGUAAUUAGUGACAGUGACGAAGGAGGAUCAACAACAAGUGGGUGUGAACAGAAUAAUGAGUUGAAACAAUACUCAACGAGCGAUCUUCAAAUUAGCACUAGCAGCAGCAAAUGCAAUCGGCAGCAGAAAUUUAUGGGUGGACAUCAAACUUACCAUGGAACGAAACUUGCCGGCGUAAAACGGAAAGCAUUUUCCAUCAACGACAUCUUGGGGCUGAACAGUGAUGCCAGUGGCACAGGUGCGACGGAUGACACCGCACAUCUCCCUUCGAUUGAGGAUUGUUCCAGCAGCCGGGGGGAAUUGUACUCGACGAAAAUGACAGGUUGUGAUCUUGGUUCAAUCGUUGCCUCUAACUUCCUUUUCACCGGAGGAGGAGCUUGGAUACAUCAUCACGGGCACGGAAGCCCGCUAGAUCCCAGUUCGGAUCCUUACAGUGGCCUCGGUGGCUAUUCCAGCGAUCUUUACCCAAAAAUGAGCACCAAGCGACGGAAACAGGGAACCGAUAGAAAACCUCGUCAAGCAUACAGCGCAAAGCAAUUGGAAAGGCUGGAAACCGAAUUCAAGCAGGACAAGUAUCUCUCGGUGAGCAAACGGCUGGAGCUGUCCAAGUCGCUGAACCUAACGGAGGUCCAGAUCAAGACGUGGUUCCAGAAUCGGCGCACCAAGUGGAAGAAACAGCUCACCUCGCGGCUCAAAAUCGCCCAUCGCCAGGGACUCUAUGCGGCAGCAGCAGCGGCCGCAGCUGCCGCCUCGGGACACUACCCGAUGCCACCGGGAUUUUCGUUUAUUCCCGGCGGCACUAGUACUAGUGCCGCCAGCUAUUUUCCUCCACCCGUACUAAACUUUAGCAUAUCCGAUUCGACUGACCGGAGCAAACUCAGGCUCACCAGUGAUUGAUUCUUUAUUAGGUUUGUUAGUAGGACAUUGUCAAUAAAAUAGCGAACUAGGCUGUAAGCUGUUGUUUAAGUUACUUAAAAAGUUUUAUUAGUGUUUUUUUUUUUGCUUUACUCUUACAGCUCUUACAACUAGUUAACAUUUUUGUGUGUUUUUUGACUGGUUCCAU